AUGUUUUGCGCUCAGUGGUGUUCUUCUACAUUAAGACUCCUCUGAGGGUGAAGGAGGCGGGACUAGAGGAACUCAUCCCCACCACCUGGUGGCCCACACGCUUCGACAAAGAGGGAAAGGAGUCUAAAGAUGAGAGUGCAGAGGAGAGGCUGAGGCGCCGGGCCUACGAGAGAGGCUGUCAGAGGCUUAAGAAGAGGAUCGAGGUGGUGGAGGAGUUGCAGGUUCAGAUCCUGAAGUUGAUGCUUAACAACAAGGAUAAAGGAACGGGUGAAGCAUCGCGGUACAUAUUCCUGAAUAAGUUCAGGAAGUUUCUACAGGAGAACGCCAGCAACAGAGGGCACCCCACAGCGCUAUGUCCUCCAGAAUACAUGGUGUGUUUCCUGCAUCGGCUCAUCACGGCCGUAAGGAGCUACUGGGACGAAGGGAAGAUGAGGAACCCUGGCUGCGUCAGCAGCGACGAGGCCUAUGUUCCGCCUCAGCUCUUCUACAAUGGGAAGGUGGACUACUUUGACCUGCAGCGACUUGGAGGCCUUCUCUCUCAUCUGAAGAAAACCCUCAAAGAUGACCUGGCCUCCAAAGCCAACAUCCUCAUGGACCCGGCUGAGAUCCAGGCUACCUCUAUGGAUGAUUUGGAUGAGGAGGAGGAGAGUGGCUCAGCUCAGAGGCCUUUUGGAGCGGUGGCUAUGGGUGGUGCCCUGGCCAGACCCAGCUGGCUCAGUUCUCCCACUCUGGGCCGAGCCAAUCGUUUCCUGAGUACUGCUGCCGUCAGCCUCAUGACUCCCAGGCGACCCCUGGCACCCCCGGAGAAAGUUAAAGUUCGCACCCUGGCCGUGGAGCAGAGGACGGAGGAGGACAUCGAGGGAAGCCAUGGUAACGACGGCCUGUUGCUGGGGCGACCGUUGGAAGAGCCCGACCAUCCAAUCACAGAGAAGUCCCUGCUGGAGAUUUUGGAUGGGAUUGUGAUGAUGUACAACCUGAGUGUUCAUCAACAGCUGGGCAAGAUGGUGGUGGUGUCAGAUGACGUCCAUGAAUACGCUGUGGCUCUGAAGGACACAGAGGAGAAGAUAGCACGCUGCCCAGCAAGAAGACCAGACAUCUUGGAGGAGCUGCAGAAGAGCCAGAAGGUAUUUGCUGAGAAGCUGAAUCACCUGAGUAGGAGACUGGCCUGGAUCAACGCUACCAUCUACUGUAAGGAUAAGAUGCUGGAUGUGUACUGGCUACUGAGGGUGUGUAUACUCACCAUCCAGCACGCUGACAACACAGGAACGUUGUUCGCCUUCGCCCCAGAGUUCUACCUCAACGUGGCCAUGAACAGCUAUAGCUCUCUGAAGAACUACUUCAGCCCCUCCAACUGCAUGGACCAACUGCCAGGCUACGAGGACACCCUCACUCAACUCGCUGCUAUCCUCGCUAAGCACUUUGCAGACCCGCGCAUCGUUGGAACAGACAUCAAAGACUCCCUCAUGCAGGCUCUGGCCAGUUACGUGUGUUACCCACAAUCCCUCAGAGCCGUGGAGAGGAUCCCAGAGGAACAACGUGUGUCCAUGAUGAGAAACCUGCUGGCCCCAUAUGAACAGAGGCCCUGGGCUCAGACAAACUGGAUCCUGGUGCGACUGUGGAGGGGUUGUGGGUUUGGGUACAGGUACACACGGCUGCCUCAUCUGCUCAAAACCAAACCAGAGGAUACCAACCUUCCCAGUCUGCAGAAGCCGUGCCCGUCCCUCCUGCUGCAGAGACACAUGGCGGAGCUGCUCUCUCUGGAUAAAGACAUGGCCGCCUCCUUCCUCAAUUCUGUUCUCAACCAGCUCAACUGGGCCUUUUCAGAGUUUAUAGGCAUGAUCCAGGAGAUUCAGCAGGCAGCUGAACGUCCUGAGCGUAACUUUGUGGACACAAGGCAGCUGAAGGUGUGCGCUACGUGUUUCGACCUUUCCGUCAGCCUUCUGCGGGUCCUCGAGAUGACAGUCACCCUGGUCCCGCAGAUCUUCCUCGACUGGACACGCCCCUCCGCUGAACUGCUGCUCAGACGAUUGGCUCAGCUUCUGAACCAGGUGUUAAACAGAGUGACUGCAGAGAGGAACCUCUUCGACCGUGUGGUCAACCUCCGUCUCCCAGGCCUAGAGAGCGUUGACCACUAUCCCAUCCUAGUGGCUGUGACAGGAAUUCUGGUGAGGAUCCUGGUGGACUGUGAGAGACAGGGGGUGUCGCGUGCGGCCUCAGUGCUGUUGUCUGAUCCGUGCUUUCAGCUGCACUCCAUCCAGCACCUCCUGGGGGAAGGAGAGACCUCUCCGGCUACAGCGGUGCUCCCCCAAACCCCCGCAGUACACCCAGGAGACCCCGCUGCAGCCCCCGCAGAACGGAAACACUUCUCCCUACACGCCUAUACAGACUACAUCCACGAGGAGGAAGAGCAGAAGGUGGAACAGAUGUUAGCCUUCCUGACUAUAGAGUCAAAACAGGCCGCAGCCAGUACAGCACCCACCAGUGAGGAAGACCUGUGUCCUAUCUGCUAUGCACACUCCAUCUCUGCUGUCUUCAAACCCUGUUCUCACAAGUCCUGCAAAGCUUGUAUAAAUCAGCACCUGAUGAACAACAAGGACUGUUUCUUCUGCAAGGCCACCAUCACUGGAGUGGAGGACUACAGCAAGAAGCCUACUGCAUCUUAACACCACACACACACGCACACGCACACGCACACACACACACACACACACACACACACACACACACACACACACACCACACGGCUCGGACAACAGAAACCACAUUGAACACACACAGAGCAUACAGGUACACACACACUACCAAAUGACUCACUUUGCCCCCUGACAGCUUAGAAACUCUCCAUAUUGAUCACCAGGCCAGAAAACAGGAACAGUCACUUCUACUCCACAAGCAGUGUUAAUCCGACAGCUCCCCAGAUGAGUCCCAUCUCUCUCCCCUCCACCUGUUAAAUGAUUCCCA